GGGUCCAACUGAACCCAAACCCUGACCCGAAUAGUUUUUGGGUCCAAGAUUUGAACCCAGACUCAACCCGUGGGUCCAAAUGUUGGACCCAUAUCCGGACCCAUGUCAGGUUUACUGACACGUUCCGGGUUGGGUCCGGGUCCAUCACCAACCCUACCGAUAUCAAAGGUAAAUUAUCUCAUUAUAUACAAUCCGAGGAUAUAUUCCUUUCAUUUUAUAUAGACUUUGAACCCUGCAUUUCUCAGCGUGCUUGUCUCGUUCCGCCCCUCCUUUCUGCUUGCACUUUACAAAGUGAAAAUGGUGACUUCCCGCUUCCUUAUUUGCAGUUCUUCUGCAUCGUCAAUUGGUAAGUGCUUUCUCUCUCAUUAUCGCAAAAUCUCUCACCUAUUCCCGAUCGUUUCUCUCUCUGUUCCCUUACUUCCAAAACCCAAUUCUGUUUCUAUCCCUUCUGCAAAGUUUUUCACCUCAAUCCCAGGGAACAUUCAAAUCUCGUCCAAUCUCAAUAACCCAGAAAAAUCCACUUCCAUUUUCUCUCUCUUCAAAAGGUUCAGCUCUGAAUCGAAAUCAAACAGCACAACGAAGCUUAAUUUCAACAACUCUGAUUCAGACAAUGACGAUGAAGAAGAAGAAGCAAAAAAGAAGAACAAGGUAAUAGACAAGAGCAAGCUCCCCCCUCCUUAUGACCCAUUCAGCAAAAAACCAGUUGUUGAAGAACCAGAGGACCCAAAAAACCUUCAAGAGAUUUUUUACAAGAUGAAGUCGGAAGGGUUGAUUCCGAACGCCAUUAAAAUGUUCGAUGCUUUGUCUAAAGAUGGGUUAACCCAUGAAGCCAUGGAGCUUUUCGGGGUGAUCAAAGAUAAGGGACAAAUGCCUGACAUUGUUGCUCACACCGCUGUUAUCGAAGCUUAUGCGAAUGCUGGUCAAAGCAAAGAGGCCAUGAAGGUUUAUACGAGAAUGUUGGCCUCUGGUGUUAAACCAAAUGCUUAUACGUAUACUGUACUUAUAAAAGGUCUCUCGAGAGAUGGGAAAUUUUCCGAGGCCAAUAAGAUUUUAUUGGAGAUGAUGGAUAAGGGAAUUAAACCAAAUGCUGGGACUUACACGACUUUCUUUGAGUGUUUAUGUAAAGAGGGGAAGACUGAAGAGGCUGGGGUGUACUUGGAGAAAAUGAAGGCCAGGGGAUUUGCCCCUGAUGAGAAGGCAACUAGAGAGAUUUUGAGCAAGAGAGGGCACGUGUUUAGAAGUGUGAUGAAUUUACUUUUUGGUAAGUGAUUUUGUUGUUAAUGGGUCGUUCCGGUAGGGUAGUGAUUUUGUGGGUAGUGGGUUGUUACAGUUGGGUAGGAGGUUGAGAGAGAGAGAGAGAGAGAGAGAGAGAGAUGUUUGAUCUUUUAGGCUUUAAGGUCUCAGUCUGAGAUUGAAGUUGCAAGAACUGUUCAGUCUAUCUUCUCUCCAAGUUUUUCGAAACUGCUGCAGUUUAUAGAAAAAGCACAAGGUUCUUCUCUGAUAACUAUCUCUAUAUAAUUGCCCUUAAAAUGACUGAUU